CCACUGAGACUCCAUAGAACUUCUCCUUUCUCUGUCAUGCGUCGGCUUUGGGUGACGUCAUUGGCGGGCGACAUUUCCAGGGUUUUGGCGCACGUGGAGGGGAAUGGUGGAUACGACUGCGAUGGCGGAUCCUCUGGACUACGGGCAGAUUAAAAAGGCAGCUCAAGCCCUCCUUGCAUACAAUGCAAACAAGCAGAAAACUGCCGAGAAACUGCUGUUGAAUGAGAACCAGAAAGUCUUUUUGAUGAUCACUGUUUGGAAAAUCCCACCACGUGAACAAGUCAUCAAAAUAACCCUGCCUCAUGGUAUUCUGCCGGAAACAUCGGAUGUUUGCCUCUUCACAAAAGAUGAGCCGGGUUUGACGGCUGAACAGACCGAGAACUUGUAUAAAAAGCUCUUGUCGCAGCAUGGGAUCACGAGGAUCAGCGAGGUCAUCUCCUACAAAACACUCAAAAAAGAAUACAAGCCCUACGAAGCAAAGCGUCGUCUCCUGAGUCAGUUUUCUCUCUUCCUGGCUGAUGACCGGAUCCGAAGACUUCUUCCGUCACACAUAGGGAAGCACUUCUAUACAAGUAAAAAGGUCCCACUGUCUGUGAACCUGAAAGCAAAGGAUCUGGCUAAAGAAAUAAGCAAGCAUAUCCAGGGAACCACUCUUCCAGUCACAAACAAGGGUUGUUGCUACACAGUACGCGUCGGUCACAGUGGCAUGGAAGCCUGGAAGAUUUCACAAAACGUUAUUGCUGCUGCUAAGGUGAUAGGCGCUAAAGCACCCCAGAUUUGGAAGAGUGUUAAAAUCCUUCAUCUCAAAAUGGAGAGAUCUGUUGCUCUUCCAGUCUUUACCUGUAGCAAUCCCAAACCAGAUGCCUGUCAGAAACAGCCAGAGGCUGAAGUCGGACAGGAAACUCAAGCAAAGAAGAAGAAAAAGAAUGGAACUGAAAAGAAGAGUUUGGGUAAGGCUGGAACGACGGUAGAAGUAAGUGAUGUUCCGGCCAUUGAUAAGGAAAAGGAGGCAGCGGGGGAAGUGUCUGCCAUUGUCGAAGUGGAGGAAGACGAGGAUGGCGAAAUUCCACAGUUGGUUCCAAUUGAAGCAUCACCCAGUGUGAACAGAGAGACGGUGGCAGAGCCUAAUCCUGCUACAGGAAAAGAGGUCAAGACAGGCACAAAAGGUUCAAUGACUCUCCUUGGCAAGAGGAAAACAUCUCCAUCUCCCGGGACUCCGAAGACACAAUUGGGAACGCCUGGAGAUGGAGCGAACCUGCGAUUGUCACAACUGCUCGGACGAGACAAGAAGCCCAAGACGCGAAGGCAAAGCAUCUUGGAAAAGGAGCAGGCAAAAACCCCACAGAAGCCACAAGCAAAGUCUUCUGUGACCCCUAAACUGGGGAAAUUUGUCAGAUCUGCCAAGAAAGCUUCUAAAACUGCAAAACGAGGACUUGGGAAAAGGACAGUACCACAGUCAGCGUGACCAACGUUAUGGCACAUGGUCAAUUUGCUCUUUUUUAAAAAUAGGGUCAUAUCCAGCGGAGUUGUCCCAUUGGCACACGGGCUUGCACAAUGGAACUGCCUUCCUUGCCCCCCCCCAAAUCUGUUCUGGGGAUUCCCUCAAUCCUCCAGAGCAGAUUGAGGGGGUGCAUGAGGAGAGGGAGAGGAAGUCCGAUCGCACAAGUUGAAGGCCUUGCACCAACGGGGCAACUUGGAUGCAACCCAUAAAAAUCAAUUGCAUUUUAGCAGAGAAGCCCCCUCAAGUUAGUGUGGCUUUAGGGAACCAGCAUUUCUCUUUGCAACCUGUAAUUGCUUGUUUCCAUGACUUUACAAAAAAUUGUACUGUUCUAAUCUAUAUAAAGUCAAAUUCUCCUUUUCUGAAA